AUAAAAGCAGCGAGAGUGUGCUGUCAGACACUCAGAGGGACUUGGCUCUCCUUUUGAAGACUUCUCAGCGUCAGUUUGCUUCUGCUCAACAAGUUGAAAAUGUAUCAACCCAGGAAGGCAGCAUCAGUAGUGAGCUACAGCAGCAGCAGCAGGAGGUCGGUUCCCACCUCAAGCUCCUACUCCAUCAAGAGAACCACAUAUAGUGGUGUUGGUUCGGGUUUUACUCCUAGCAUAAGUGCAUCAAGCAGUUAUGGCCUUUCUAGCCAACCACUACUUGGACAACCAAUCACUGCUGUCCAAGUCAACCAGAGCCUGCUGGCUCCUCUGAACCUGGAGAUCGACCCCACCAUCCAGGCUGUCCGCACCCAGGAGAAGGAGCAGAUCAAGACCCUGAACAACCGCUUCGCCUCCUUCAUUGACAAGGUGCGUUUUCUGGAGCAGCAGAACAAGAUGCUGGAGACCAAAUGGAGCCUCCUGCAGCAACAGACCACCACCCGCUCCAACAUCGACGGCAUGUUUGAGGCUUACAUUGCCAACCUCCGCAGGCAGCUCGAUGGGCUGGGUAAUGAGAAGGUCAAGCUGGAGUCAGAGCUGAGGAACAUGCAGGGCCUGGUUGAAGACUUCAAGAAUAAGUACGAGGAUGAAAUCAACAAGCGUGCAGCAGCAGAGAAUGAGUUUGUGCUCCUGAAGAAGGAUGUUGAUGCUGCCUACAUGAACAAGGUGGAGCUGGAGGCCAAGGUGGAUGCUCUUCAGGAUGAAAUCAACUUCCUCAGGGCUAUCUAUGAGGCUGAGCUUCGUGAGCUGCAGAGCCAGAUCAAGGACACCUCUGUCAUUGUGGAGAUGGACAACAGUCGCAACCUUGACAUGGAUGCUAUUGUGGCUGAAGUGCGUGCUCAGUAUGAGGACAUUGCUAACCGCAGCAGGGCUGAAGCUGAGAGCUGGUACAAACAGAAGUAUGAGGAAAUGCAGACCUCUGCUGGACAGUAUGGUGAUGACUUGCGCACAACCAAGGCUGAAAUCGCUGAGCUGAACCGUAUGAUUGCCCGUCUUCAGAAUGAGAUCGAGGCUGUCAAGGGACAGAGGGCCAACCUCGAGGCUCAGAUUGCAGAAGCCGAGGAGCGCGGUGAGCUGGCAGUGAAAGACGCCAAGCUCCGCAUCAGGGACCUGGAGGAGGCUCUGCAGAAAGCCAAGCAGGACAUGGCCCGCCAGGUGCGCGAAUACCAGGAGCUUAUGAACGUCAAGCUCGCCCUGGAUAUUGAAAUCGCCACCUACAGGAAACUGCUGGAAGGAGAGGAAUCCAGACUGGCCAGCGGAGGCGCCAGUGCAACCAUCCAUGUGCAGCAGAGCAGUGGUGGAAUGUCCAAUUCCUACAGUGGUUAUAGUAGCGGUGGUGCCAUCACCAAGUCUACAGUGUCAUCUGUCAGCAGCAGAAGAUACUUCUGAAGUCUUUCGAAAAAGGAGAGCCGUCCCCCUUUCCCUUCAGAACCUCUUGAACUUACUCUAAAUCUCUAGCUUUUUCAUGGUGCUAUUCAAUGCUGUUAAACAUGUUCAACCAGAGUGCUGAAUAUGCCCC